AUGCGUAACACGACCGAGAUCGCUGAUCGGCUGAAUUUAUUCAGUAUAAUUUGGAGUUUAGGACAGGCUUCCAGUUUUCCCACGAUGAUCAGUGCUCAGGGAACACCAGCGAAUCCUCUUGAUGAGUUAUGUUUUGAACCAGCGAAUGACACAUUAGCACAAUUUGUGCUCGAUCAACUUUUCACCGAAACCUACAACAAAAAUACGGUCCCAUCAAAGCGAUCGGCCACCGUUGUCACAAUCGAAUUCGUCAUUCAGAAUAUUGCUCAGGUUUCGGAAAUCUCAGCCAGUUUUACGUUGGAUCUCUUAUUCAGUCAAAUAUGGCACGAUCCGAGGCUACGCUUCGACCACGUUACGCCAUGCCUACAGAACCUAACCCUAGGAUAUCAGAUGGUGGAUCGUCUCUGGACACCGAAUGUUUGUUUUGUGAACUCAAAAAAGACCGAGAUUCAUUCAUCGCCCACACCAAACAUAUUCCUAAUGAUUUAUCCUAACGGAACUGUUUGGGUAAAUUAUCGUCUCCAGGUACAAAGUCCAUGUAAUGUCGAUUUGGUGUUGUUUCCAAUGGAUGUCAUGACCUGCGAACUUGUAAUAGAAAGCUAUUCGUACAAUGCAGCAAAAGUUGCUUUGAACUGGAGAGAGUGGAGUCCUGUAUUCUCGAUAGCGAAAUCAAAACUGGCGGAUUUCACGCUCUAUGGAUUACAAUGGACAAAGAACAGUUUCGAAUAUGCUGCUGGGCAUUGGGAUCAGCUCACCGUAUCGCUCACAUUCUCACGUGCCUACGGAUUUUAUAUUCUACAAAUGUAUUUACCAACCUAUUCAUCGGUUUUAUUGUCUUUCGUUUCGUUUUGGAUCGAUCUGAAAGCGUUACCAGCUCGGAUAACACUUGGUGUUUCUUCAUUAAUGGCACUCACGUUUCAGUAUGGAAAUGUCGCAAAAUCAUUACCAAAAGUCGGUUACGUCAAGUCCAUAGACGUGUACAUGGUGUUAUCGACGGGUUUUAUAUUCUUGACAAUGAUCGAGGUGGCUUUUGUUUGUUAUUUGGAGAAUGAAAACAAUAAGAGACUGAAGAAACGUAGAAGUCAAAAACAAAAGAAAACCGAGAAGAAGGAGCCGUUUUUCAGCAGGAAGAAGGAUCGCCGUAAACGUUCUAGUGCAAAUAACUAUGGUGCCACUUCCAUAACCAUCCAAAAUUCGGCCGAAACUGACGUUCGGAUCAGAUCCGAGGAUCCCUUCACGGAAAUCGCUUCCAAUGGAACGGCACUUUCUGGACGAUCAAAUCAAGUUUCGAACGUUUUCGAAUCCCUGCAUGCACUGGCACAAAUCGGUCUGAUCAGCGACGAUGUGAUCGAUGUGGAGGCACAUUGGACUGCUGAAAAAGUUGAUAAAAUUUGCAGAAAACUCUUUCCGAUUGCAUUCUGUGUGCUGAAUCUCUUCUACUGGGCCUACUACACGUACCAGAAUUUACUCGCCAAAGAAAGUGCUCUUGCCGGUGCUAUGCUGUAG